AGGCGGACCGACGUCGCAACGCCAGCCUGUCAGCAGGGGGAAAAAAAAACAAAAAACAUGUGAAGAGAGGGUAUAUAAAAGGCACGUGAAAAGUGUAAACUUGACAGGGCGAGCCCUUAUCAUUCGUGUCAUCCGCAGAGAGUGGGAUCUUUGGUAUCUGCUGGCCAGGCAGCGGAUGGACCGGGUAGAAGUGGGGCAGUGUCAGCAGAGCUCACCGUCCGCCCGGCCGCUUCCUGCGCGUUUAUUGUGUCUUCUCCUCAUCAACUGUUGGGGGUCGAAGAGGAUUCACUGGGGAAGCAGACGCAUACCAUGCCGACAAAUGAUGGCCCCAACCGCUUCCCUGUCUUUUUGGCCCCGUCUCAUGGCAACCAUCAGAGGUGUCCAGGUUAUGUUCCCGGGCGAGUGGCUCCUGUACGCUCACCCCCGCCUGCCAAAGCUCCGCCGCCUUUAAAGCCUCGUGGCACUCAACAGGAACAACGGCCCACACUCAGCUUGUCAGAGGAGAGCCAGCGUCGGGACCUUGUUCACAGCCUCCAACAAAGAAAGAACACCCUCAUCUGCUGUGGCGUGUCCUUGGGAGCUUUCUUCCUCACUCUCAUACUUGUCCUCGGUCUCAAAAGUGGAAACGUGUUAGUUGAGAACUGUCCAGACCACAACCCAUCCCUUAGCAGCUGGAAUCCAGGCCACCAACCAGACAAGGCUGUUGUUGUAAGGAAGGGACACUUGUUCAGACUGGAGGCUUCUGCUACCUUCCUUUCUCUCACCAUCCAGUCAGGAGGUCGCGUAGUCUUUGCAGACAGUGCUGAUGGCUCUAAAACCAUAAUUCUGAGAACUCAUCACAUCCUCAUAGAGGAAGGCGGAGCCCUUCAUAUUGGGUCACCUCCAUGUCGCUACCGUUCUCGUGCCACCAUUGCUCUUAUUGGCCGUUCUGACAGCAAGGAUGUCCCUGAGGUGCCAGGGCUGGGUCACAAGUUCAUUGGAGUUUUGGGUGGUGGAACUCUAGAGCUACACGGCACCGAGAGAGUUUCCUGGUCUCUGCUGGGCCGAAGCAUCCCUGCAUCCGGGCUGUCCACAGGGGGUUAUGCCUUCCAGAAGAACUUCAGCCGAGGCAUCAACCUGCGAGUGGUGGACCAGGACACGGCAGCUGUGCUGUUCUCCGAACGCUACGACACUCACGAUUCACGUAACGACAGUCGGCGGCUCACCCAGCUCCUGCGCUCCUUGCCUGCUGGCCGCAUUGUGGCUGUGGCUGUGGGAGACUCGGCCGUCAAAAGUUUUCUAGAUGAAACCAAGAACGCCUUUGAGGAGAUACUCGGCAGCAGAUUUGUCUAUGAUCUCAAGUACAGGCAGGCGUGGGCAUUGGUCUCUGUGGUGGGAGGUGGAAAUGCUUCAUGCUCAGAGGAUGUGAAGGAACAUGAAAACCUUGACACAGGAGGGAGAGCCCUGGCAAGGAACAACUUCACCACUGUGGACGGUGUUGGCUUCUCAGUCACUGCCUACAGCGAGUGGAAGAAUGGCUACCCCAUCAUGGGCUUCCAGGUGGAUGCUGUGGACCAGGUGGUACUGAACGUGCAGGACGAGGUGCAGCAGACCUGGAAACCAGGCGAUAGCAUUAUCGUUGCCAGUACGGACUACUCCAUGCACCAGGCUGAAGAGUUUACGCUGCUGCCCUGCCCUCACUGUACCAGCAGACAGGUCAGGAUACAAGGGACGCCUCAGUAUAACCACGUUGGGGAGAUCAUUAAUGGAAUCGACAUGCGUGCUGAAGUGGCUCUUCUCUCCAGAAAUAUUCUCAUCUAUGGAGAAAUGGAAAGCUCCUGCUACGGAAACAUGUGCCAGUUCUACAGCCAUGACACCUUUGGAGGCCACAUCAAGGUCUUUAGUAACUUUUCAGCAGUACAUCUAUCCCACGUGGAGUUGAAGAACAUGGGUCAACAAGGAGAAAAAGGACGCUACCCCCUCCACUUUCACAUGUGUGGAGAUGUGGACCAGAGGGGAGGCUACCGGGAACCCACCUACGUGGAUGGACUUUCCAUACAUCACUCCUUUUCCCGCUGUCUCACCAUUCAUGCCACCAAUGGUCUGCUGGUCAAGAACACUGUAGGUUAUGACACCUUGGGCCACUGUUUUUUCUUGGAGGAUGGGAUUGAACAGCGCAACAUUUUCUACCACAAUCUUGGUUUGUUGACCAAACCUGGGACACUUUUGCCAACCGAUCGCAAUGAGACUCUGUGCACCAGCAUCAAGGACAAAGUCUACAAGGGCUACACUCCCUCGCCAAGUACAGAGUGCAAGGCAGUCUCAACAUUCUGGAUUGCCAACCCCAACAACCACCUCAUCAGUAACGCAGCUGCUGGUUCUCAGGAUGCUGGCAUAUGGUUUGUGUUCCACAGCUCUUCCACUGGAGACUCUCACGGCCUUGUACCAGAAACGAACGCAGAGCUCACUCCUCUUGGAAUUUUCUACAACAACCGUGUGCACUCAAACUUUAAGGCAGGACUGUUCAUUGAUAAAGGAGUGAAGACGACCAAUGCCAGCGCUGCUGAUCCCCGGGAAUACCUCUGUCUAGAUAACAGUGCCAGAUUUCGACCACACCAGAAUGCUGACCCCAACCGUCCUCGGGUGGCAGCAGUCAUCGACACUCUGAUCUCCUUCAAGAACAAUGACUUGGGAGCGUGGAUACGUGGGGGUGAGAUCAUCAUCAAGAACUCUGGGUUUGCAGACAAUGGUGUCGGACUGUCUUUUGCCAGUGACGGCAGCUACCCUAAAGAUGAGGGCUCCAGCCAGGAGGUGACCCAGUCCUUGUUCGUGGGUGAAAGCCUAAACCGAGGGACCAAUGGAGGGCAGAACAAAUACUGGGGUAUAGGGCCUGAUCAAAAGAUGAGGACGCUGCCUCGAAACAGGACAUUCCCAAUCCGAGGUUUCCAGAUCUACGAUGGUCCAGUGCGGCUUACGCAGAGUACGUUUCGUAGAUUCAUCCCCACACCGGAGCGCUAUACCAGUGCGGUGGGAUUCAACCUGAAGAACACAUGGCAGCUGACCCCCCGUAACAACCUCUCCCAGCUCGGCUUCGACUCCACUGUGGUUCUCCGAGCUUUCUUUGGUCGCCCUGGACAGUGGUUUGAAGAGAACGACCUGGACGGUGACAAGAACUCCAUAUUUCAUGACGUGGAUGGCUCAGUUACGGGCUAUAUAGAUACCUACGUUGGCAGAGCAGACAAUUACGUGAUCCAACAUCCGGGGUGUGUAAAACUUCCCAGCUGGAAUGGAGUGGCCUGCAGCGGCCGCUAUUCUCAGGUGUACAUCCAGACCCAGGGAGCCCCUAGUCUCGGUUUAUCCAUCACCAGAGAUGAAUAUCCUAAUGCUCCCCUGGUACUGAGGGGAAUAAACAGCCAGGGGGCGCUGUCUCAGCAAUACCAGCCCAUCCUGAUGAUGAGCAAGAGCUACACUCUGCACUGGAGUGGACCUGCCCCGAGAGAGGUUGUCCUCUCUCUCAUUAACUUUGAUAAAGAUGACUGGGUUCUGGUGGGACUCUGUUAUGCACCAGACACCACAUUUCAGAUCAUGGCCGACAUCAAUGACAGGCAAACAAACACCUUUGAUGACAUCACAGACUAUGGCACGGUGUCAUCCCUCACACAGCUUGAGAAGAAACAGAUGGAAAGAAAGUACUACUUUGAUCAAUCUGCUGGCUUAUUGUGGCUCUACCUUCGGGCCCGGAAUGGUCGUGAAGGUCACAGCUACUGUUCAACAAGGGGAUGUGAAAGAGUCAAAAUCAUGGCCACUACAUCAUCCAAACAGACGUGCAACUGCACAGAUAAAGCUUACCCAAAGUAUUCCAAGCCCCCCUCCACUGUGCUGCCGAUGCCCACUCUAAGCACACAGCCCUGCAAAGACUGUGGUGCUCAACAGUUUGUGUUUUCCAGUGAGCCGUGGAAAUCCUACCUCAAAACACAAGUGAAGUCUCUCAGCAGCAGAGAGCAGCAGAGAGGAGACAACACCUGCUUUAUCACGGUGAAUGAGGUGGCCAUGUCCUUCACCCAGCCUGGGUUUUUCCUGGUCUCCGUGGAUGCCUGCUCUGGAAAAGUCACCAAGAAAACCUCAUUUGCAAAGAUGGAUGCCAAGAUGGAACAGUAUCUAAAAACUGGAAUACCAAAGCGGUCAAUAGUGCUCAUGGCCACACGAGGUCAGCCUGAAGGCCUGGUUGAUCUAGCACCUCAUCUGGUCACCUUUGGUUUGGCCAAAGCUGCAAACCUGCACAGUAAAGAGAGCCUGGCACUGUGGGGAUUCCAGGGCGGUUCUUCACCCCCUUCGUGGGUUUCACUGCAAGCCGGGCAGGGUGAUGAUGACCUGGGGCUGCAGGAACGCUACUUGCCUCUGGGCCUGGAAGUCUACGGCUGUUUGCCACCUGCAGCACAAACACGCAAAGACCUGGAGCUUCUCAAAAAAGCCACAGCGCUAGAAUAACCAAUGUGAACUGUAAAACUUGCCUACUCAAAAGACUCUUGCACACAGAUACACAAACACACAGCCAGCUGAUGAAUGUGAACUGCUGAACCUUUUAUUUAUUAACAAAGAUGUUUACCAAUUUCACGUACAAAGGAGGUUUAUUACUAUGAACGGGAUGAAUGUCUUGUGAUUUUGUUUGUGUAUGUGUUUGUUAGUAUGCCUUGGGGCUGUUAAGUCGGUGCACUUUUCUUUUUUUUUUUAAGAGAUAAAACAACUUGCCUUAUCAGCCAAAGUAAGGAUAGGAGCUACACGAGCUAAACUUGGACAAAAGGAACAAAAAGUAACCUGUGAGGUCUACCUACCAAUAUCACAAUUUGUUAUUCAUGAAAUGAAAACAGAGUGAAUCUGAUUUGCUUUGAAAGUAUAACAAAAUGGCUUAGAUGCCCAUAGACCCAAAGGAAAUUAGGAAAAUAAAUUGCCUUGUUCCUGAAAUUAGAUGUUUGGUUGGAACUGAAACUGAAUCAAGCAUCUAAGAAUUAAACAGCAGUAUUAAGCCAAAAUUGAGCAUGCAGUGUAAUAACCAAGGGGUUGUCUGUCUUAGUGAGGGGUAUCGCAAAGCCAGAUAAGCCAUAUUCAUCUGGGGGUUUAGAUAGUCAUAAAAAGCAACGUGUAGAAAAAGGAAUCAUCUCUAACAUAGGAACUACUAUGAAAUAGGCAAAUUACUACUAUGUAUGUAUCUUUCUUUCUUACUCAGCAUCUUUAACAACUGAAUCUUUUGCUGGAAAACCUCUGAUCAUCGUGCAGCUGUACAUCUAAACACUUUAAGCACCUUUUUGUGGAUUCCUUUGUGGACUUACUGGAUCACGAUAUUUAGUUCGUUUUUUUUUUGUCUAUCUUUUCACUCUGAUGGUCACUCAAGACAUGUGCAGCACAAAUAGAAGUUAUUUUUCUUUCUUUCUUGUGUCAAACAGAUUUGAAUGUUUUACCUGUUGUCUGCCUCAUUUACGAUAUUCUGUGCUUUAUUACCAAAACUGAUGCAAAUGUAAUUACCAGAAGCUUUUUUUUCAAGACUGUACUUGGACUGUGCAGUAAUGAGCAACAAAUGCAAAUAGAUGCCGGACCUGCUGAGAGAUAUUGAGAUUUUAUUCUUUAAUGCAUGUAUGGAUGUGAGCAGGGCUCCCCCACUGAGCGUUGAUAGGUACCCGUCUUUGACUGUGUGAGUGUAUGAUUGAAUGAUCAAGUGAGACAAAGGGAGGCUGAUUACCUUGUUGCCUUUUAACCACUCUGUUAAAAAGAGCAGAAAUAUGAUACAUAUUUCCAUCCUUUGCCUUUCUUUCAUUUCAUAUUUUAAAGAUGCACAACCAGAGUUCAUAAGUGUAAUUUUUUUUCUCUUUUUAUAUAAUGAACUUUGUAAAUAUAGUGUUGAUCUCAAACUGUAAGAACAGGUAGUCAGUAUUGUGUGUAUUUGCUGUAAUGUUUUUCUGUUCAUUGUUGGGUAUUUUUUUGGAAAAACUUUUUUUUAUUAUUUUGACAUAAAAAUUCAGCAUUUGCUAUGAAACUGGCAAUUAAAUAAACACUCUGUGCUUUUGUGA